AUGAGCUCCUCCCCCCACGUGUCUCGUGCCUCCGCGGACAUUUUGGAUGAUCUGCAGCUCAUCGCUGCUCAAAACCUGGAGAAGCUAGAGAUUAAUAAGUACUAUGAGGUUAUCCGGGAACUGGGCAAAGGCACCUAUGGAAAAGUGGACCUGGUUAUCCACAAAAUCAGAGGCACUAAGAUGGCCCUGAAGUUUUUGAGAAAGAAGACGACCAAACUGAAGAGCUUCUUGCGGGAGUACAGCAUCUCUCUCUACCUCUCCCCCUGUCCCUUUAUCAUCAACAUGUAUGGCAUCGCCUUUGAGACCGACGAGUAUUACAUCUUCGCUCAAGAGUACGCUCUGGCUGGAGACCUGUUUGACAUUAUUCCCCCACAGGUGGGACUUCCAGAGACUGUGGCCAAACGUUGUGUUCACCAGGUAGCAAUUGCCCUGGACUACCUGCAUAGUAAGAAGCUGGUGCACCGUGACAUUAAACCUGAGAACAUCCUUAUCUUCGAUAAGGAGUGUCGGAAGGUCAAGCUGUCAGACUUUGGCAUGACCCGGCGAGCCGGUUCACCGGUGAAGCGGGUCAGCGGCACCAUCCCUUACACGGCUCCCGAGCUGUGUGACCCGUCAAGACAGGAAGGGUUCUGCGUGGACUACAGCACGGACGUAUGGGCUUUCGGAGUCCUCCUCUUCUGCAUGCUUACCGGAAACUUCCCCUGGGAGAAGGCCCUGCCGUCCGAUGCCUUCUACGAAGAGUUCGUUCGCUGGCAGCGUCGUCGGACCGGCGCGGUGCCCUCGCAGUGGCGCCGUUUCACCGACGAGGCGCUGCGGAUGUUCCGCCGGCUGCUCUCCAUCGAACCAGAUCGUCGCUGCUCCGUUAAAGAGGUCUUCAGCUACUUCAAGCAUUGCUGGAUGCUGGACACGGAAAAUGGCAAUGCCAGUGUCUCCCCGGGCAAUGCUAAUGGCAACAGCGGGACCGGGCGUCCGGCAGAACUCAGCUCCUCUUCCUCUGAGGAAGAUGAGCUGGUGGACCGGCUGAAACAGCAGAGCUUGUCGCCAGUUGUUACCAAGAGUGGCAUCGUCGUGGAGCCAGUAGCUGUCCAUUAUUCGUCGUCAAACAAUAGCUCACCUUCUUCCACCAGCAGCUACGAACGUGUUGCCCGUGGCGACAACAGUAACAGCAGCCGCAUCCUGGUCGCCACACCAAUAGAGAUCUGUGUGUAG